AUGGUGAGCCAGCUAGUAUGGCAGCGGGCCGUUGCCUCGCGCAGACUGGCCGGACGCCUGUCUCCACAACGACUCACUCGUGGUUUGGCCACCGAGGCCGCCUCCUCGCGUAUGCCGCCCUAUCCCAAGAUUGUCCGCAACCUCGAGCAGGUCCGCAAAGUCCUGGGCUCCGAGCGCGCUCUCACCCUGGCUGAGAAGAUUCUCUAUGCCCACUUGGACAACCCCGAGGAGUCCCUCCUCACCGGCACCAACAAUGGUCGCGAUAUCCGGGGUCAGGCCAACCUGAAGCUGAAGCCUGAUCGUGUGGCCAUGCAGGAUGCCUCAGCGCAGAUGGCUCUUUUGCAGUUCAUGUCCUGCGGUCUGCCCUCGACCGCCGUCCCCGCCAGUAUCCACUGCGACCACAUGAUUGUUGGUGAGCGUGGUGCCGAUACCGAUCUGCCAGCUUCCAUUAAGGGUAACAGCGAGGUGUUUGACUUCCUGGAGAGUGCUGCCAAGCGGUACGGUAUUGAGUUCUGGCCCCCGGGUGCUGGUAUCAUCCAUCAGAGCGUUCUGGAGAACUACGCCGCUCCCGGUCUGAUGAUGCUGGGUACCGACAGCCACACCCCUAACGGUGGUGGUUUGGGUGCUAUUGCUAUCGGUGUCGGCGGUGCCGAUGCUGUCGAUGCGCUGGUCGAUGCUCCGUGGGAGUUGAAGGCUCCCAAGGUCCUGGGUGUUCGUCUUGAGGGCCGUCUCAGCGGCUGGGCUUCGCCUAAGGACAUUAUCCUGCACUUGGCGGGCAAGCUGACUGUCCGCGGUGGAACUGGCUUUGUUAUUGAGUACCACGGCCCUGGUGUCGAGACUCUCAGCUGUACUGGUAUGGCCACUUGCUGUAACAUGGGUGCUGAGGUUGGUGCCACCACCUCGCUCUUCCCCUUCUCGCCCAGCAUGAUUCCCUAUCUGGAGGCUACUCACCGUGGCCACGUCGCCCAGGCCGCUGCUGAGAUUGCUGCUUCCGGCCCCGGUAACCUGCUGCGAGCCGACACCAAGGCUGAGUACGAUCAAUUGAUCACCAUCAACCUGUCGGAGCUGGAGCCGCACAUUAACGGUCCCUUCACUCCUGACUUCUCGGUUCCCCUGUCCAAGUUCGCCGAUACUGUGCGCGAGAAGCAAUGGCCCGAGACUUUCGGGGCUGGCCUUAUUGGUAGCUGCACCAACUCCUCGUACGAGGACAUGACCCGUGCUGAGCACCUGGUCAAGCAGGCCUCGGCCGCCGGUCUCAAGCCGAAAGCCGACUUCUUUAUCACUCCUGGCAGUGAGCAGAUCCGUGCCACCCUCGACCGUGACCAGACUCUGAACUCCUUCUCCGAGGCUGGCGGCAUCGUUCUGGCUAACGCCUGUGGUCCCUGCAUUGGCCAGUGGAACCGUACCGACGAAGUCAAGAAGGGCGAGGACAACGCUAUCUUCACCUCGUACAACCGCAACUUCCCUGGUCGUAACGAUGGCAACCGUCGCACUAUGAACUUCCUGGCUUCUCCCGAGCUUGUCACCGCGCUCGCCUACUCCGGCAGCACUACCUUCAACCCCAUGACCGACUCUCUGACCACCCCGAGCGGCGAGACCUUCAAGUUCCAGCCUCCUCAGGGUUCGAACCUGCCCGGUGCCGGUUUCGAGGAGGGCAACCCCGAGUUCUUGCCAACCGCCGCCGUGCCCAAUCCUAACGUUGAUGUGAUCGUGUCCCCGACCUCGGAACGCCUGGCUCUGUUGGAGCCCUUCGCCCCCUUCCCCAAGGGUGACCUGUCCGGCCUUCAAGUUCUGUACAAGGUCAAGGGCCAGUGCACCACCGAUACCAUCUCGGCCGCCGGUCCCUGGCUCAAGUACAAGGGUCACCUGCCCAACAUUUCCGCCAACACUCUGAUCGGUGCCGUCAACGCUGCCACCGGCGAGACCAACGUCGCCUACGACGAAGCCGGAAACAAGCACGGCAUCCCCGAGCUGGCCGAGCAGUGGAAGCAGCGCGGUAUCGAGUGGCUCGUCGUCGCCGAGGACAACUACGGUGAGGGCUCUGCCCGUGAGCACGCCGCCCUGCAGCCCCGUUAUCUCGGUGGCCGCGUCAUUGUCUCCAAGAGCUUCGCUCGUAUCCACGAGACCAACCUGAAGAAGCAGGGUGUCGUUCCUCUGACCUUCGCCAACCGUGAGGACUACGACCGCAUCGAUGCCUGUGACAAGGUCGACACCGUCGGCCUCUAUGAUACCCUGCAGGCAGGUGGUAAGGGCGAGAUCCAGCUGCGUGUCACCAAGCGUGAGACCGGCGAGUCCUUCAUGGUUCCCGUGAACCAUACUCUCAGCAAGGACCAGAGUGCGUUCAUCCUUGCGGGCAGUGCUCUGAACCUGCUGGCCAAUAAGGCCAACGCCCAAUAA